GUUUACCUUCAUAUACGCAAGUCAAAUGUCUUAGGUUGUAAAAUAUAAGGCAUUCUUGUAUUUAACAUCAUUAAAACAUGUGCCAAAAUCUUCGACAUCUGACUGUAGUCAGCUUAGCUUAAUAAUAUGUUUCGUGUUUUUAUAUUUUUUUGACUUGUUGUGCAUUUAAGUGAUUAAAAUGCUUGUGAUUCUAGUGGCUUUUUUCCUAGUGCCGUUAACUGCUAGGAGUCUUCCUUUGUACAUAGACUCUUCGGAAGUUGAUGACUUUGGUACUGUCACCACUAAUAAGAUGAAGGAAAUCUAUACUGUUGCAAAUAGAGAAGAAAUCCAGGAAGAAAAAACUACAUCUCAAUUAUUUUUAAAUAAACUAAGAGAAUUUUACAAGGUAGAUGAUCUAGGAAGACAACAAAAAAUAGAAGAACGUGACUAUUAUUUGGUUAAAAUACUGAAUCGUAGAAAUAAAAGAUAUACUAAAAGGAGCAGUUAUCUCACAUUAUGUCACUUCAAGAUUUGCAACAUGGGACGAUAUUUAAAGAAGCCCUUAAACGAAUUGCCUGAUAAUGAUGAUAAAUAUUAUGAAAAAUAA